AUGGCACGACCCUCCACUUGGGUGCUCCUCUUCAUUCUUCUCUUUGCUUCACUUUCUUCAUCUUUAGAAGGCAGAAAGCUCCUUCUGGGAGCAGAGAAACAAUGGAAGAAAGCGAACCCUUCUUCAAGGGACAGUUUGUUUCUGAGUGCCCUUCCUAAGGGCACAGUGCCACCCUCUUCUCCAAGCAAAAAAGGGCAUGUCGUCGAGGUUGAUGAGAAGCUCACAGCACGACACCUCAUAAGCAUCGAUCGAGUUCUUCUUCGUUCUGUCCCCAGCCCUGGUGUUGGACAUUAA